CGUGUCCCGCCCCCGCGCGCCGGCCGCAGCAAGAUGGCGGCGGAGGCGGAGGCGAGCGGGCCGGCUACCGCGGCGGAUCUCUGAUGACCCGACCUGUCCAUUAUUAGUGAACUGGCAAAGCUGCUUUUCUUUCUGAAAACGGGCGAGCUGAUUGACACCAUGAAGGUCUUCUGCGGACGGGCCAAUCCCACCAUAGGAUCCGUGGAGUGGCUGGAGGAGGAUGAGCACUAUGAUUACCACCAGGAAAUUGCGAGGUCAUCCUACGCAGAUAUGCUGCAUGACAAGGACAGAAAUAUAAAAUAUUACCAGGGUAUCCGGGCGGCUGUGAGCAGGGUGAAGGACAGAGGACAGAAAGCUUUGGUUCUUGACAUUGGCACUGGCACGGGACUCUUGUCAAUGAUGGCAGUCACGGCAGGUGCCGACUUCUGCUACGCAGUCGAGGUUUUCAAACCGAUGGCUGAUGCUGCUGUGAAAAUUGUGGAGAAAAAUGGCUUCAGUGAUAAGAUUAAGAUUAUCAACAAGCAUUCCACUGAGGUGACCGUCGGGCCAGAUGGUGACAUGCCGUGCCGGGCCAACAUCCUGGUCACAGAGCUGUUUGACACGGAGCUGAUCGGGGAGGGAGCGCUGCCCUCCUAUGAGCACGCACAUAGGCAUCUUGUGCAGGAAUACUGCGAGGCUGUGCCUCACCGAGCCACCGUCUAUGCACAACUGGUAGAGUCGAGAAGGAUGUGGUCAUGGAACAAGCUCUUCCCCAUCCACGUUCACACCAGCCUCGGAGAGCAGGUCAUCGUCCCCCCUGCCGAGCUGGAGCGGUGCCCGGGCGCGCCCUCUGUCUAUGACAUUCAGCUGAACCAGGUGUCGCCCGCUGACUUCACUGUCCUCAGCCAUGUGCUGCCGAUGUUCAGCGUGGACUUCAGCAAGCAAGUCAGUAGCUCAGCUGCCUGCCAUAGUAGGCAGUUUGAACCCCUGGCAUCUGGCCGGGCUCAGGUGGUUCUCUCCUGGUGGGACAUUGAAAUGGACCCUGAGGGGAAGAUCAAGUGCACCAUGGCCCCCUUCUGGGCACACUCAGACCCAGAGGGGCUCCAGUGGCGGGACCACUGGAUGCAGUGUGUAUACUUCCUGCCACAAGAGGAGCCUGUCACCCAGGGCGCAGCCCUCUGCCUGGUAGCCCACCACGACGACUACUGUGUGUGGUACAGCCUCCAGAGGACCAGCCCUGAAAAGAAAGUGAGCGUCUCCCAGAUGCGCCCUGUGUGCGACUGCCAAGCUCACCUGCUCUGGACCCGGCCUCGUUUUGGAGAGAUCAAUGAUGCCAACAGAACUGAGCAGUAUGUCCAGGCCCUGGGGACCGUGCUGACCCCAGACAGCAUCUGCCUGUGUGUCAGCGAUGGCAGCCUGCUCUCCAUGCUGGCCCAUCACCUGGGUGCCCAGCAGGUAUUUACAGUCGAGAGUUCAUCAGCUUCUCAUAAACUGAUGAAAAAGAUCUUCAAAGCUAACCACUUAGAAGAUAAAAUCAAUAUCAUAGAGAAGCGGCCUGAAACGCUAACGUCUGAAGACCUGCAGGGUAGGAAGGUGUCUCUCCUUGUGGGUGAGCCGUUCUUCACCACCAGCCUACUGCCCUGGCACAACCUGUACUUCUGGUACGUCCGCACCGCUGUGGACCAGCACCUGGGACCUGGCGCCGUGGUGAUGCCCCAGGCUGCGUCUCUGCACGCUAUGGUCGUGGAGUUCAGGGACCUGUGGCGGAUCCGGAGCCCCUGUGGUGACUGUGAAGGCUUUGACGUGCACAUCAUGGACGACAUGAUUCAGCGUGCCCUGGACUUCCGGGAAAGCAAGGAAGCCGAGCCCCACCCACUGUGGGAGUACCCCUGCCGCAGCCUGUCCCCAGCCCAGCAGAUCCUGACCUUUGAUUUCCGACAGCCGGUGCCUCAGCAGCCUCUGCGUGCCGAGGGCUCCUUGGAGCUCCAGAGGCCUGGAAGGAGCCAUGGAGUUGUCCUCUGGAUGGAAUACCACCUCACACCGGACCACACGGUCAGCACCGGCCUCCUGCAGCCUGCAGAGGACCAGGGGGACUGCUGCUGGAACCCCCACUGCAAGCAGGCUGUGUACUUCUUCCGUACCCCGCUGGACCCCAGAGUGCCACUGCAGGGACCCCGGACAGUCCACUAUGCUGUGGAGUUUCUGCCCCACACCGGAGACGUCACCAUGGAAUUCAGUCCUGUAGACGUCCAGGUUUGAGACUCGCUUGUUGCGAAAUAAAGUGGCCGGGGCUCUGA